AGGGAGCAGCCAACAGCUGGCCUGUCGGUGGAAAAGAAAAAGCCAAGAUUGAAAUGAUCAUAGCUGAUGGGUGGCUUUUCGAGUCCGCCUUUCUCCUCUCCAAUAUCCUCUAACCAGCCAUGGGAAUCACCUCCGUGCUCACCUCCGCAGCAGGAAGGCUCGAAGGCAAGGUGGCACUGAUCACAGGCGGCGCCAGCGGGAUCGGUGAGGCCACAGCCAAGCUCUUCACCCGCCACGGUGCCCGUGUGAUGAUCGCCGACAUCCAGGAUGACAAGGGCCGAGCCCUCUGUGAAUCCUUGGGCUCCGCCGUUGCCUCCUAUGUCCAUUGCGAUGUGACCGACGAGUCUCACGUCCGCGACGCCGUCGAUGCCGCCGUCUCUCGCCACGGCAAGCUCGACAUCAUGUUCAACAACGCCGGCAUCGCCGGCUCGCUGUGCAUGCAGAUACGGGAAUCCGAGAAGGCAGACUUCGAAAGGGUGAUGGGGAUUAAUCUGGUGGGGAGCUACCUUGGGACGAAGCAUGCCGCACGUGUCAUGAUCCCGGCGCGGCGGGGAAGCAUCGUGAUGACAGGGAGCGUGGCAUCGGCGGCGCCGGGGAUAGGUUCGGCGGCGUACACGUGUUCGAAGCCGGCGGUGGUGGGGCUGAUGAGAAGCGCGGCGGUGGAGCUCGGCCAAUUCGGUGUGCGGGUGAACUGCGUGUCGCCGUACGGGGUGGCGACACCGCUGGCGACGACAUCGUUCGGCAUUGGAGUGGAGGAGGUGGAGGAGUUCAUGCACAAGCAUGCAAUUCUCAAGGGGGUGAGGCUCAAGGUGGAGGAUGUGGCGGAGGCAGUGUUGUUUCUGGGGAGCGAGGAAGCCAGAUACGUGAGUGGAGUCAACCUAUUGGUUGAUGGAGGAUUCACGACGACGAAUCCCUCGCAUGGUGCAUGGUUUGUUUAGGUACUCGGAUGGGUGAGGAAACUGUUUCCUCACAGUUUGGGCUUGUCCAGAAAAAAAAUUGUCCAGUUUGACAAUUCAAGCACCAAGGAUGUCCAAUGGCUAAAUCCGGAGUCUAACUUUAUAUAAUUAUCUAUGCAUGGUUGGAUCAUGAAGUAGGAUUUUU